UCUUUGUAUCCAGUGCGCAUCUUUUGAUUUCUCCAGAUAUUGCCAGUAUGGCUUCACACUCAUCAUUAACUGCUAGUUAUCUGGCAUUACUUUCACUUUCUUCUAUCAUAGUAUCCCCAAUCCUUGCACAAGAUGGUGCCUCCACUCGUGCCCGUGUGGCUCUUGACGCUUUACAGACUUGGUACAACAGAGACAGCGGUAUCUGGGACAGCUGCGGCUGGUGGAACGGCGCAAAUUGCAUGACAGUCCUGGCUGACUUUGCGAUGCUCGACCCCUCUGUAGCGCAGACGGCGAACGACGUCUUCAGUAACACUUACGUCCGCGCACCGGCCGUCAAUCCACUUCCUGGUGUUGAGAAAGUCAAUCAUGAUGAACAAGUGAAGACUCUGUACCCCGAUAACUGGCUGAUUGUGAAUCCUGAUUCACGUACGGGAAAAGCAGGUCAAGUUGACCCCAGUCUCUGGCUAGAUGGAUACUACGACGAUGAUCUGUGGUGGGCAUUAGCAUGGAUCGCAGCUUACGAUGUUUCGGGGAAUUCGGACUACCUUGCGACUGCAGAGGGUAUUUUUCAAAGCACCAGCAAAGCGUGGCCAACGAAUUGCAGCGACGGUGGCAUACCAUGGAAUCAGAAUUACACUUACGUGAACGCGAUAUCGAACGAGCUGUUUCUCGACACAGCAGCACAUUUGGCAAAUCGUGCGGCAGAUAAGCAGUACUAUGUCGAUUGGGCAAGGAAACAAUGGGACUGGCUCCAACGCAGUGGAAUGAUCAACAGUGAUGGUGUAUUCAACGAUGGUUUAAACUAUGGUCGGGAUGGCUGCUAUGACAACGGACAGCCGGUUUGGAGUUACAAUCAGGGUGUCAUUCUGGGUGGUCUCGUUGAACUGAAUCGAGCCUCGCACACCACCUAUCUGGACUCGGCAGACAGCAUCGCCGCGGCCGCAAUCAGAAAUCUAACCGAUGUGAAUCAUGUCCUCCACGAGCCAUGUGAGCCAGAUUGUGCACCGGACGGAACGCAAUUCAAGGGUAUCUUCAUGCGCAACCUGCAAUUGCUACACGCUGCAAGACCAAAGGAUCUCUACGCUCAAGUCAUUCAGAGCUCCGCCAACAGUCUGUGGAAUAGUGAUCGAGACAGCGAGAACAAGUUUAGCGUGUCUUGGACCGGUCCAAUUGUGAAUCCGUUCAACGUCGCCUCACAAGUCUUAGUCCGCAUAGUCAAAGUUGUCGAGGCUUCGUAUAAUAGGAAAGCCAAAGCUAAGAGGAGUACAAAAUGCGGAAACUUGAGUCGUGAAGAUCGUGAAACAGCUGGGCCGCAAUAA